GAUUCUCACCUUGGAGUGCCUCUUCCCAUUCCCACGCCGAAUGGGAAUGAGGAGGAGGUGGUGUGCUCUUCUUGGUGGGAGCGGCAGGCAACCUUAUGCUGUACGUAUAUUUCUUUAACAGGUUUGCCUGUUUGCCCAGAGCUGACUCGAGAGCACAUUCCUAAAACCAGGGAUGUGGGUCACUUUUUGUCUGUUACUGGGACUGUCAUACGUACCAGUUUGGUUAAAGUUUUGGAGUUUGAACGGAGUUAUAUCUGCAAUAAGUGCAAGCAUGUGUUUGUUGUCAAGGCUGACUUUGAACAGUACUACGCAUUCUGUCGUCCAUCAGCCUGUCUUAAUGAAGGAGGCUGCAACUCAACCAAGUUCACGUGUCUCUCCGGAACAACCUCUUCUCCCACCUGCUGCAGAGACUAUCAGGAAAUCAAGAUUCAGGAACAGGUUCAAAGGCUGUCUGUUGGAAGCAUCCCUCGUUGCAUGGUGGUUGUUCUGGAAGAUGACUUAGUGGACAGUUGCAAGUCUGGAGAUGACAUCACAGUGUAUGGAGUGGUAAUGCAGAGGUGGAAACCUUUCCACGAGGAUGCACGCUGCGACUUGGAGCUUGUUUUGAAAGCCAACUAUGUUAAAGUAAACAAUGAGCAGCUAGCCGGGGUUGUAAUUGAUGAAGAAGUCCGCAAGGAAUUUGAAGACUUCUGGGAAAAGCAUAGAAAUGAUCCCUUAGCAGGGAGGAAUGAAAUUUUGGCUAGCUUAUGUCCUCAAGUCUUUGGAUUGUACCUGGUAAAGUUGGCUGUAGCCAUGGUGCUCGCUGGUGGUGUACAGAGGACUGAUGCUACUGGAACUCGAAUCAGAGGUGAAUCGCAUCUUUUGUUGGUUGGAGACCCAGGCACGGGGAAAUCUCAGUUUCUCAAGUAUGCAGUAAAGAUUAUACCACGCUCCGUGCUUACUGCAGGAAUUGGAUCUACAAGUGCAGCAAUCGCCCUGUGUCAGCUGCUUUUGGCCUCUGAUGUUGCUUUCCUCACCAUGUCUCCCUCCUGUGCUUCAUUUUCCAUGUGA